UUUCAUCAUUUUGACAUUAUUAUUUCAAUUCAUUUUCCCUCUCCUAUCCUAAAUAUAUCUAACCUUCGUUUUCUGUAAAUCUAUGCAACUGGUUUGAUUCUUCUUCGGGUUAUCAGACUUUUGGUGGGUUUGGGUUUUCUUUUUUCGUUUGAUGAACAGAGAUGACCGUGGAAUUGAAGAUGGUAUACGGCGGUGACGGUGGUGGUAGUUUUGCAAGAAAAGUGGUGGAAACUGCUUUGAAAGAAGCUGCAAAUUCUGGGAUUCAGGGUGUUGAAGAAUUGAUAACGUUGAUGUCUAAAAAUCAAGAGCUUUUCAAUCCAGAUGUUUCUAUUAAAACUGCUGCUCCAUCUGGUUCAGCAGAGUCAGCCAUGGAUAUCCAAGCUGUUACAGAUAAGACUGUUAACUCUUUCAAAGAGGUUAUUUCUUUAUUGGAUCGACCGAGAAUCGGCCAUGCUCGAUUUAGACGAGCCCCUGUUCUUCACCCAGAACAAGAUACAGAACAAGCUUCGAAGAAGAUUCAAGAGCCAGAGACGGGGUCUUCUUCUUUUCAAGUAACCAAAGAUCAAGUGUCUGCUUUUAAGCCUUUUUGUUCGACCCCAAGUUAUAGGUUGCCUCCUUUGCCUCAUAGUCGCCCCCAGAGUAAAAGAAGUCCUCCUUUGAUAGCAAAGAUUGGUGUUUUGGAAAGAAACGAAUCGCCUAGUACCAUAAAUUUCUCAUCCUCGCGUACUUUGUCUGCUGGGAAUUCAUUUAUUUCUUCCUCAACAGGAAAUACUGAUAGCUUUCAGCCAUCCGGUUUCCAAUUUACUAGUCCUUCUCACGUCCCUUCUUCUGGCAAACCUCCAUUGUUUUCCUCUUUGAAAAGGAAGUGCAAUUCAUUGGAUGGUGCUGCUCUUAAAUACGGUUCAUUCUCUCGCCGUUGCCAUUGCUCCAAGAAAAGGAAAUCAAGAUUGAAGAAGGUCAUUAGAGUUCCAGCUAUUAGCAACAAGACGGCUGAUAUUCCUCCUGAUGAAUAUUCAUGGAGAAAAUAUGGGCAGAAACCAAUCAAGGGGUCCCCUCAUCCAAGGGGGUAUUACAGGUGCAGCAGCGUCAAAGGCUGCCCUGCCAGGAAACAUGUAGAGCGAGCUCUAGAUGAACCGAUGAUGCUGAUUGUAACAUAUGAAGCUGACCACAAUCAUAGGCAUAACAGCACCGAUGUCUCACCUGCUUUGAUCCUGGAAUCAUCUUAAUGGUCUCCAAAUUCAACCAAGGGCUUUCAUUAGUUGGUAUGUUAGCUCUUGAAAAAGACAAUAUUAUAGGCUUCCUUAUUCUGUGCUUUGGUUAAUUAAAAAGAAGGAAAACGGGCAUAGAAUAGGAGAUUAGUGGAUUUAGUGGGAUUUGUAGUGGGGGGUUUCUUUCAUUUUUUUAAAAAUGUUCUUAUACCCAAUUAUCACAACUUUAAUAUUAUAUUAUAUGUUGAUGGAUCUCCUCCAGGAUGCUUUUACUUUUC